CCCAGCCGGCCAGGCGUGGCAGGGUCCCGAGCCAGGGCCGGCCCAGCAGCGUCCCGCCGCGGGCUCCGGCAGCGCACACCGAGCUCUCGCCAGCCCCGCGCAGGCCCCGGGACGGGGGACCUGCGAUCCCGGGCAGCAGCCGGGACCCGCCGGCGCCACCGGGCGCCCCGCCGAGGCCGAGCCCCCGGGGUCCAGUUCGGGCCUCGGCCGCGCGGGCUGGACCUGGCCGCGGGUCUGGGUCGACGAUGCCCGCCCUGCACAUCGAAGAUUUGCCCGAGAAGGAGAAACUGAAGAUGGAAGUUGAGCAACUUCGCAAAGAAGUGAAGUUGCAGAGACAGCAGGUGUCUAAAUGUUCUGAGGAAAUAAAGAACUAUAUUGAAGAACGUUCUGGAGAGGAUCCUCUGGUGAAAGGAAUCCCAGAAGACAAGAAUCCAUUUAAAGAAAAAGGCAGCUGCAUCAUUUCAUAAAUAACUCUGGGGAGAAACUUCAUCCCCAGUGGAAGAAUUAGUUUAUUUUAGCUUUCCCAAAUAAAACCAAAGUGCCUUUUUAAGGAAGUAAAAAUGAAAUAUAAAGGAGACUUUCUUAAGCACUCUGUAUUAAUAGAUAAAGUUACGUAUGAAAGCAUAGGUAAUUGUCAACCUUGCUCACUGCACACCUUUUUUGAAAGUACAGCAAUUGUCAGCUGUACAAUUUUGAAAAUAAGAACAUGACAUGCAUGACUCACUUCUUUUAGUAUAUUGCUUGAUGCCUCAAAUAAAGUUUUAUCUUGGGAAAAUGAG